AUGGACAUCACAACUAUCCUAAACCGAAAAGCUUCUGUGGCCAUGGUUGCGCCAGACACCCAGUUCGACCAUCAACAGUUCAUGCAAGCUUCAAAUCUCGAUAGUUCAUCUUCUCCUGGGAUGAAAUCCGAACCUGGCGUUUCUGAGGCGGCUGAUCAGGCUGUCCUCUCGUAUCCUCCCCACGCUCAGCUGACCCAGGCACCGAACAUGAACCAAGACAUUCGAUACGCGGUUCAACCGCCUAACCCGCAACUGCCUAUGCUGCAGAGUCCGUAUGCUCCUGCAGGGUAUCCCACCGCUCCAAUCCCAAUUAGUGCGGCGCCCCACGGGCGACCGGAACCCCCUCCCAAAACAUUCCACUGCGGAACGUGCGGGAAAGGAUUUGCUCGACGAAGUGACUUAGCAAGGCACGAGAGAAUUCACUCAGGAAUUCGUCCUCAUGCCUGCGACUACCCCGGCUGUGGUAAGCAGUUUAUUCAACGCUCUGCUUUGACGGUACAUUCUCGAGUGCACACCGGAGAAAAACCGCAUAUGUGCGAAAGAUGUGGCAAGCCCUUCAGUGACUCAUCCUCCCUGGCCAGACAUCGCAGGAUUCAUUCUGGGAAACGGCCGUACAAAUGCCCUUACGCCAAUUGCCAAAAGACCUUCACCCGGCGCACAACAUUGACGCGCCACCAAAACCACCAUACUGGCACCAUUGAAGAAGCUGCUGCUGAAACUGAGGCCAACCUCCGGCAAAACAAGGAGAGGGCAAGAGUGGACGGAAUCUUUUCUGACCAUGGCUCUGUUCACGGCUCGGUGCAUUCGACGCCUUCUCCCGCGCAUCACCCCAUCUCACCUGGUGGUGAGCUUCCUCCUCUGACUAUUCCCCGUUCGACGGGCGAAUACUACCUAGGGAAUGGCUCUAUCCCGGCGCACGUCCGAGGGGACUUUCAACAGGCGAGUCCUCGCGCCUCCCCCACCGCCUCAUCGCCAUCUCUCUCCACCUACAGCAGCGCUCCACUUCCUCGGCCAUCCAUGACUUCUCAUCCGUCGGCCUAUGCGCCUCCUCAGCCCCUAGAGCCGCCUGCCAACAAAGAUCAUCGCCCAAAUAGUGUCGGUGGAAGCCCUCAUAUGUCCAGCCUGGGCUGGCCCUCGCCUUCACAUUCGCCUGUUUCGGCCCCGGACUUUGGAUAUCCUGAACCAAGCGGCCCGUCAUAUCCGGGUUCAGUCCCGCCUCACAUGUAUUUCCCAAACUCUACCAUUCGACGUCCCGCUAGCACGGAGCCCGAGAAUUAUGAGCUGAGACCAAGGCUUGGCGAUAACUCAUGGUCUACGCCGGUCUAG